AUGACCGAUUAUCAGAACAUCUUGGAUGAUGAGGGUAUAAACUUUACAUUUGGUCUAAUUUUAUAUUGUACAGAGAAGUAUCAUGAUCUUAGCGAAGUGAAAUGCAUUAGUAUAAUAUAGAAUGAGAUUAAGUAUCUUCAGAAUGCAAUAUAAUCAGCUAAAGAAAAUGAUUUCAAAGACUACUAUUAGCUUAAAAUUGAGGGACUUGAAUCAGAUAGGGACAUGCUUAAAAGCUAGUUGUAGAUUGGAUAGAUGAGUAAAGAGAAGUACUUGAAAGGAAUGGUUAAAGCAAAGUAGGAAUUAGAGAAGUAGAUUCUGCAGGUCGUUAGAGGUUCUUAAAAUCACGAAAGGAUAAGCAAGAGAAUAGAAUUAAUAAAUAAUGAGAUCAAAGAGAUCUAAGAAAAUAUUGGCAGUAGAUAAUAAGUUAUAGUAGAAAAAGAUACAGAUCGGGAUGAGAGAGAUGAUACAAUGUCAGGAAAUCAUUCACUUAAAGAUAGUAUUGAAAUCUAAAGUAUGUCAAUGAUUAAAUAAAAGCCAAACAUGAAAAAGAUGACUGUUCAAGCUAAAAUAAUGCCGAUGGAGGAGAAUUUGUAUUAGGUAGAGAUGCCAAAGCCGAAAAUUCUGAAGGAGGUUGAUUUCCUCUUAAGGCCAGAUGAUAUUAAUCUUCCAGGAUAAGAAGUAGAUGAAGAGUUACUCUAAUCACUAGAAAAAAGACUUGACAGCUAUGCAAAGGCUGUCAGAUAUUUGAUGACGAUUGACAAUAAAUCUCAAGCCUAAGAGCUCUUAGAAGCUGCUGAAAAACUCAAAAUAGUUAUAAGAUUAACUUAGUAAGGUAGAAGAAUUGAUAUUCUGAAGGUAGAACCUGAAUUAACACCAGUCAUUUUAUUUGGAGAGACUCAAGAUAAGAGAUAAAGAAAUCAAGCAGAGAAGCAAUUCUUCAAAUGGAAAAAUAGAGCAACUGAUAUACUUGAGCAAUCUAAACUAGAAUAAAAAUAGGAUGAAAAGAACAAAUUGAAGGCAGAAGCAUCCAAUUAUAUAGAUAAGGCAAAGGUGAUUGGGUAAUAAAUUUAGUAACUUAAAUAAUGCAAUUCAAAUCCCUGGAUGCCAGUUCCAAAGUUUCAGAUGAAAAAUGAAGAAAUUAAGACUUUAGUCAUGAAUGAGGAUUUAAGAGAUGAAGAAUUUAGAUUUCAAAUAGAUUCUACUAAGCCUUGCGUCGAUAAGGGGAUAAAAAUAGAUAUAUUAAUGAAUAUAAAUGAGAGUGAAAAGUUUAACUAGAUUUUUAAGAUCAAUAAUGAAACAAUCAAGAAAUCUUAUGUCGUGUAAAAGCCUCUCUCAAUGAAGGUACUUUUUAAAAAAGAUGUUAGAAUUAUCAUAAAGAAGGGGGAUAGAAAUAUAGUUGAUAAAACUGUGAAAUUCAAAAAACUCGAGACGAAUUGCCAGGACUCAUAUGAGUUUCAAAUAGCAAGUGAAUUUGUUCAACCUGGAGGAUGCUUAUGCUUUUCUAAGCCUGAUAAUAGUUAAGGACGAAGCAUCAAAGUAUGGUUGUAAUUAAGGAAAUCAUUGAAAGUUCCAGAAUUCGAAGUAUCUGAUGGAGAAGAGUAUAUGUAGUUUGAUAUAAUCCACCCAGCUUUUAAUUUAAAUGACAAUUAAUUGAUCUAAAGCCCUCAAUAAAAUAAAUAAUAGGAAGAGGGAAAAAUGCAAGCGAAUUAAAAGAAUAAUAAAUAAUAAUUAAACUCUACAGCAUUGUAGAAAUAAAGAACUUAAAAUUAAUCUUAAGUAAAAAACGUUGAAGAGGAAAAAAUCUUAUAACUCUCUUCAGGACUGAAUAAAUAGGACUGUUAAUGCCAUCGAUAAUAAAAUGCAGAUAAUGAUGAAAUAGACUUAGAAAUAUUCAGAGGAAGGUAGACCACCAAUAUCAUGGGAUAAAUAUAAUCUGGAUAACUGACUGAAGAUUAGUAUAAGCAAAAUGUAUUGAACUAAAUAGCUUUUGAUAAAAAACUUGAGGAUUAUUUCAAACAAUCAUAGGAUUCUCAAAAAUUGGAAAUAGUUUAGCAAAGGAUUAAAUUUAUGGAAGAAGAAAUUGCGGAAUGA